CUUCAGGUGCGAGCGAGGUCGUCGCCAUCAUGAUCCCGGAGCCAAAAGGCCGCGAGAUCGUAUCGCUGUUGGAACGAAAUGUGACGGUCACCAUGACGAUCACCAUCGGGACGAGGAACCUGCAGAAGUACGUGAGCAGGACGUCGGUGGUGUUCGUAUCGAUCUCCUUCAUCGUGCUGAUGAUCAUCUCCCUUGCCUGGCUCGUCUUCUACUACAUCCAGAGGUUCAGAUACGCCAACGCGCGGGACCGGAACCAGCGGCGUCUUGGUGACGCAGCGAAGAAGGCCAUCAGUAAGCUGCAGCUUCGCACCAUCAGGAAGGGCGACCAGGAGACCGAGCCCGACUUUGACAACUGCGCCGUCUGCAUCGAGGGCUAUAAGGCCAACGACGUGGUCCGCAUCCUGCCCUGCAGACAUUUGUUUCAUAAGAGCUGCGUAGAUCCGUGGCUGCUGGACCACCGCACAUGUCCCAUGUGCAAGAUGAACAUCCUGAAAGCUCUGGGCAUCGCUCUGAACGCAGACUGUCUGGACGACCUGCCUCUGGACUACGACCUGGACCUGGGCCGUGUAAGUGGGGUGGGCGGCGUUGGGGUUCUGGCCCUAGAAGCUGUGGUGUCCGGGGCGUCCAGCGACGGCACGCUGAGCGAGGGCGGCUCCUCUGUUGUGCUGGACCCCGGCGUGCGGCGGGUCGGGCUCCCACAGGACUACCAGGACCCUGACACCCUGAGGGACAGCCCUGUGACCACCACCACGGACACCCACACAGGUGAGCUUCAGCCAAUGGCGAGCAGCGCCUCAGUGGCAUCAUUUGUCAUCGCUGUGGAAACGGGUCUGUCAGACGAGGAAGUGUCCUUGGAGCAACCUCAGUUGGUGGACAAGUCCUGAGAGCAGCACAGCAGAACCUAACCAGAAUCGGCCCAAACCAGGCUCUAAUCAGGUUCAGAUUAGAUAAAUAACAGACCUGACUGUUAUAUUUAAAAAAACAAAAACAAAAUGAUGAAAAAGAAAAAAAUAUCUGAACCAAACCUGACCGCAUUCGACUGAGCAAAACCUGAGCUAGGCCUGGGAUCUGGUUCUGGUUUUCUCUGGUUCCAAGUGGAUGCUAAAACCCAGAUCCAGCACCAGGGUUCUUCUUGGCUCUUCUACAUGGAUAUGUGAUACAUGAUUUCGCCAAACCAACUUGUCUGGACCAGACGUAUUGAAACUAAGUGGGCCUUUUCCAGUGUGUUCACCUCAGUCCUUUCCUUGGUUCUCGAGUUAACCAGGAUUUUUCUCCAGUGCAACUCAGUCUACAGAUGUCUUGGUUAAAUCCAGUUCUGCCUCAGUCAGACUUGCAUCUUGUUAUCCUUACAAACCUUUCAUUGACCCUGACAAGCUUCCGCAGUAUAGAUCGAGUCCUUCAUUUCAAGACUGUUUUUUUUGUCUCCUGACUUUGAGGACUUCCAAGAAGCAGUAGGCUGUAUUUCUGUAUGCAGUCCGUGAAUAUAGAUUAAGCUUUUGUUCUGUAACUUUUCUCUGGAUCUCCUGGAAUAUUCUCUUUUACCUGGUUUUCCCGAAUAGGGAAGCACAACAGCAAAAACCAAUCAUGAUGGACUGCUCGCUUCCUCUCCAGGUUCGCAUUAUUGGAAAACUCUGUUAAAUAAGCUUAUUUUAAUUUGCCUGCCAAAAGGCCAGGCAGAGCCUGUUCCCUGAUGUGUGUGUGUGAGUAUCUGUGGUGGAUGAUUUACAUUUUGCAAAGGUGGACAUUUACUUUGAAAGGACACAAGCUACUCUGAGCAGUGGUUUUCUUUAGUCUGUAGUUUAUGUAAAGAGGUAGCUUUGUCCUGAAAUAAUUACUACCACAGUUUGACUGCAGUUUGAACAGCAAUUACACACAGUAUUGUUUCCUUUUAAUCGCCCCCCUCUUUUUCCCUGUCUGUGUUAUUCUAGGCUUUGUUAUCUUAACAAUACUCUGACAGUAUUUAGUUUGGUUGCUUUCUGUCCACAGUUGGGUUUCCAAACAGGGUUCCUAUGUUUGCCUGCAAGAGCGAUGACAUUUAAACCACUUUUUCCCAUUUUUUUUUAUUUGUUUGUAGAUUACAGGGCUCCACAGAAAAUUAGAGGAUUGAUAUGGUCUGGCCUUUCUGUACAAGAAGUGCAUAUGGAGGCAAUAAAUCCUGCACCUUGGGUAAUCGGGUCGAUAGACAUCCCGUCAUAAUGUAUCAAUCAUCUUUCGAAAUAUUUAAAACGCUUCCAAUGCUGAGCAGAAACAUUUCUGUCGAUCCUUUGUUGUGUUAACCCGAGAUAACCGUUUGAACCAUCUGCAUGGCCUACACAUGCAACUUUUAUUCUCAGCAAAACAAUCAAUGUGUGCACAUGUCAGCUCUGGUCUGUUCUGAUAAAGUGGACAGAAAGAAUGAAGAGGAGUCAGUUUAGUUCAGACUGUAUUUUUGUCCACAUGUCAAAUUCCAUUUUCUUGAUACGAGUUAUGCAGAAAAUUGCAAUAAAUUAAUUAAGAGGGAUCCAGUCAGACCUUAGAAGCUGAAAACAAUUUCAGAAAAUGGGAUGAAAAUGUGACAGUUUUGAGAUUUCUUCUUCAAACCCAUAAUCACAAAAUAAAAGUGCAAUAAAGAUGGCUGUCGAGUCCAUAGUCAGUGCCAGUUUUUUUCCACAUACGCCAUUUGGAAAAUUUCUAUCACCAAAGUGCACGAGAGGGAAGUUUAAAAACUCCAACGCUUGCAGUUGCUGUGCUAUGUUACUUUAACAUCAGAUGUUCGAGUUGGGAUCCAAGCUUAGAGUUGACCGCGCUGUAGUCGUCUGAAUGACAGGCUUAUUUUGUUCCCUAGCAAGGUAGAGUUAUUUGGCCACAAACAGUGGAUUUGCAAUCUCCGACUUCCCUGAGGUGGUCUAACUGAGGUGUGAACUUGAGAUUUUCAGCUUCAGGUGGAACACAGCACGCGGCCGGUCUGUUGUGGUUUGUGGCCUCUGACGAACUCGGAUGUUGGAGAUUCCUACGUUUUGUUGCAAUUUUUGCACUGAUCAUUUGUGCAAUUAAUGUAGAACUGAUUUUAAUUGGGAACAAGAUAUCAAAGUCUGCCCACCCUUUAAGGUACACAGUGAACACUUCCCUUGUCCUUCUUCCGUCACCUUAACCUUAGCUAAGCAAACUCUCUGUGGCAGUCAUACAUCCAAAUGCCACGUAGGAACCCUGUCUAUAGCGUUGCCUUGUUUUGUUUGACUGUCCAGCCGUCUGUCCGUCUGCCUGACCACACGUGUCUGUUACCAUGGCCUCAUGCUGCCUUUUUUUUUUUUUUUUAAAGACACAUUUACCUUUAACCCUGACAAUCAAGGAUUGGGUCCUUUACUUGCUAGUCAGGGAUCCUCUCUCUGAACCUUAGGAAACCUAAGAAGCGCUUUCAAAUCUGCAGUCAACACACCACACAGUAGAGGUUAGAUGCUAUUACUACUUCCACAGAUCAAGAAAUUAUCACCACCUCCUGUGAAUUAAAGUACCUGGGAUAGAGAAAUCCUUUUAGAGCUUUAGAGACAGAUUUGUGGAAACGCGUUUCAUCAGGAUGUGUUCGUCAGCUCGAAGCCGAACAUGUAAAUAAGUAUAUAACACAAGUCCACUUUGCCACGUGGCAUCACUGUCAGUUUGUCAAAUUGGUACGCAGACUGUGUAGGGCUGCGGUCGCAUUGUGGUGUCGGUGGCUCCACAAGGUUCCCGAAAAUGAGAAAGAUGAAAGAUUGUCGUCUAUUUUGAUACCAGAGGAGACAUUUAUUUUUGUAAAAAAGACUGAUUUCCUUCCCACUCUCCCGAGUCUACCUGUUGCCUGGAUGAUUCUCAAUGUGAUUGAGCAUUGACCGAUUAUUAAUGAUUAUUUGUAUAAUUGUACAUACACAUAGUUUGCAAAGGACCUUGAUGCUAUGAGCCUAAACUGUUGUUAUUAUGCUUCUCUGUAAAAGGUUUUUGGGUUUUGUUUUUUUCUCCUCUUUGCUGUAACCUGAUGAAAAAUGAGAGAAAUGAGACCAAAGGGCAGACUGGAAAACCAGCGCUAUACUGGUCCACCAGGCAAACUGGAUCUUAUGAGAACUUCCAAUGCUCAAAUAAGAAGACAUAAUAAAUAUAAAUGUUGUGCAAUGAAAAAAUAAAAUAUUCUCCUAACAAGGCUAAAUUUAAGUGGUGUGUUUACUGUUUACUUGUACUUUAAAACUAAUUAAAAGCAAAUGUAAUUUGGAGUUUUCUGAUGAGCAGACUGAUAUUUGGACAUUCAAGCUGGUACAAAUUUGCAGGAAUCAAAGACACAGUGGUUGUGUGUUGCGGUCUUCAGUCCUCCCAGUGGCUUCUUUUUCUCUCAGAUUCUCAAUGAAACCGAAUUUAUGUUGUGAAAUUCUCCGACUUUGCUUCCAAGACUUCACCUUUCCUGUGUCUUCAUGGUUCAGCUUCAAACCUGAGAAUUAGUCCACACUAAGAUCCACCAGUCACCAAGUAUCCUGUUAACACUGGCUGACUGACUCUAGAACGGUCGAGGGCUGAUAACACAUGAAGACGAUUGAUUUGUAUGCCUUGUCCUCCUGGCCUGUUUUCAGUGAGUGAUGUUUUAAUUAAAGUUGCUUUGUGUUAUAAGCUUGAA